AUGGCUCGCGAGAAUCGCGCACUUCCAGAUGACUUGAUCUACCAGUUGACGCUCCUGUGCGGCCGGUGCAAGGAAAUCUUUCUGGCAGAGUCCAUGCUGCUGGAGCUAGAGCCUCCGUGGGUUGUUGUAGGCAAUAUGCAUGGCUACUACGAUCAACUUCUGAGACUCUUCAAAAGGUGUGGCGAUCUGCCUGACACCCGCUAUCUGUUUCUAGGUGGCUACGUCGACAAAGGUAGGAGGAGCUUGGACACGAUCGUGCUUCUGCUCCUGCGGAAGACGCAGUAUCCUGACGACAUCGUGCUUCUACGCAGCAACCAUGAGGAGGCGUCCAUGACGAGGAUCUAUGGCUUCUAUGAUGAGUGCAAGAGACGUGCCAACGUCAAGCUAUGGAAGUGUUUCAUGGAGGCCUUCAACUGCAUGCCAGCGUGCGCCUUGAUCCGCGAGAAGAUCUUCUGUGUUUGUGGCGGGCUCUCCCCUGAACUGACACAUUUCGAUCAGAUCCGGCAGUUGACACGGCCGACUGUUGUGCCUGAUAGCGGCCUUCUUUGUGAUCUCGUGUGGUCCGAUCCCCAUGCUGAGAGUGGCUGGGUUGAGAAUGAUCGAGGCGUGUCAUACUGUUUCGGCCCGGAUGUCGUGCAGAAAUUCGUCGAGAGUAUGGGUGUCGACCUCAUCGUCCGGAGCCACCAGGUCGCGAUAGAUGGGUACGAGUUCGCCGCAGAUAGGAAGCUGGUGACGAUCUGGUCCAUCUACAACUUCAAAGGGGAGAUCGGGAACCCGGCUGCCAUCAUGCGGGUGUCUGAAGACUUGGAGGUCAAGUUUGAGGUCUUCGACCGGCAUAGCCCGUGA